AUGGAUAUUACAAAGGUGUUACUGGACGACUGCAUGUCUCUCAUCAUAUCGUUUAUGUCGCCUCAAGACGCCUGUCGAAUGGCCCUUGUUUCUCAAGCUUUCAGGUCAGUUGCAGACUCUGAUGCUGUGUGGGAGACGUUUCUGCCUGUUGAUUAUGAGGAAGUCAUUUCCAAAUCAUCAUCACCAUCAUUGCUUUCAUUGGCAAAGAAGAAGGAUCUUUAUUUCAGUCUCUGUUAUCAUUCCAUUCUCAUUGAUAAUGGUGCUAUGAGCUUUCAACUAGAGAAACAGAAUGGAAAAAAAUGCUGUAUUCUAGGGGCAAGAGCACUUUCAAUUAAAUGGGCUGAUAAACCUGAUUAUUGGAGUUGGAUAUCUCUCCCAGAGUCUAGGUUCUCUGAGGUUGCUAAGCUUAAGAAUGUGGGGAUGCUCGAUGUGAAGGGAAAGGCCAGGCUGAAAAUUUUAUCUUCCAGAACGAACUAUGCAGCCUACCUUGUGUUCAAGAUUGUCAGGGACAGAUAUGGAUUUAGACAUACACCUGUAGAGUUGCGAGUCGCAAUUGAAGGAACUGGUUCAGGGGAAGUGCGUACUGUAAUCUUAGACCCUCGUCCAAAUGCGCCCCACCUAGCUAGAGAGAGGGAAGAUGGCUGGAUGGAGAUCGAAAUGGGUGAAUUCUUCAAUGAAUGUGGAGAUGAUAGGAUGGUGGAAUGUAACCUACGGGAAGUUCAUGAUAAUCAACCUAAGCGGGGCCUCAUUAUCGAAGGAAUCGAGCUGAGACCUAAAGAGAAUAGAACUAUUCGAAUCUCAAAGUUUGACAGCAUUCUCCAAGGUGGGCAUUUGAAAUUUCUUGUUUCUAAGUUUGCAAAAUCCAUUACCUGUAGUAUACUUGAGGUGAUGCAACCAUGA